AGAACGAAGACUGAGGAUAAGAAACUAUCUUGAAAUCAGUAGAUAUUAAUAUUUAAUAAUUUUUUUACGUAUACAAACUCUGCGAAGACAUUUUAAUUUUAAGAACAUGUCAAUUGUUUUAUGAUCUAUUAUUAUAGACAUUAAUCAUUAUUAUUAUUUAAAAAAAUUGUUAGUUUAUUAUUAUUUUACUGUAACAAAAUGGCUGUCUUCGAUGUUUUUAAUCCAUUACAGAAUGUGAAACCGCGUUUUACUGAAGAGCAGUUGUCUGAAUUGAUUCAAUGGUUCGACGAGAAUUCAAAGCCUCGGGUAAUUAUUGAUGACGGAGAACCUAUAAACGUAAUAACUAUUGAAAAUGUAAAAGAAUUUUUGGAGCUUAAAAAAUAUCAUAGACGAAAUUUCCAUUAUCCAAGUUAUGCAGAAAUUAUGAAAGAAGUUGAAAAAUUAAAAGCCGGCAUAAUAAGAAUGAUAACAAAGGAUCAGUUUAUAUAUAUGCUAGAUAAAUGGAUUUUAAUGCCUGAUAUUAAACAUGAGCUAAAACUAGCAUUUAAGGUAUUCGAUACUGAAAAACGAAAUUUUUUGGAAACAGAUGACCUUAAAGUAAUAGUAACAACUCAUGCAGAUGUAUAUAGUGAAUCAGAGACUCGAGAGCUAUUACGAGAUGCGAAUGUUUGUGGUAAUGGAAAUAUUUUUUAUGAGGAUUUCGUUGAAAGCUUAUUUAGUGUCGCCCCUGAACUUUAUCAAUUAGAGGUUCAAUAUUUGUACGAAAAUCCUGAUGAAGAUCCAUCAGUUUUGCCAGAACCUGUAACAGAAGAAAAAGCACCAACUCCAGUAACAACAAAAAAUAAACCGUGAAAAUUCAGAAAGAAGAAUUAUUGUAUUUAGUAAUAUAUUUUACAAAAGAUGCACUGAUUAUGUCUUAAUUAUAAUAUUCCUUUACAAUUUUACGUAAAAUUUUAAUAACAAAAUAUCUUUAUGAUGUACAAUUAACAAAACAAA